CAGAAACUAUAAGAAAAACAUUUCCAGUGGUUUACGGUUUACAGCACCAGUAAUACCUAUUUUAAAGAACUGUGGAUGUUCCUCUCCACCUACAGGCAGGAUGAUUAUUAGACACCCCCAGAUGUUGUCAUAUGCUAAAAUGAUGCUCUUAUAUCUUGUUUUGUGCUCAGUCUUUGCACGCGUCAGGUGCGUGACUGUACCGUCUAAAGGCGUGAGGAUGAACUGCAGCUCACAUGGCCUGAGAUUCGUCCCUCAGCUUCACUCCAGAAUCACCGAACUUCUGCUGCAGAACAACCUCCUGACCACCAUAACUCCAGGCCAUUUAGACAUGCUCCACAAUCUUCAGCUGGCCAAUCUAUCCGGGAACCCUUUCCACUGUGACUGCAGUAUCCUGUACUUCAGACAAUGGCUAAGGAGGAAUAAAGCCAUCUCUGUGAUGCCAGUGUGUGCCAGUCCUUCAGAACUAGCCCAGAGGCCCAUUGAUGAGCUCACUGAUGCCGAUUUAUCUUCCUGUGUCUCUGAUGACUGCUCUGGAAUAUCUGCAUUGGUUUCUAUGGCAAUGAUGUUGUGUUGAACUGCUCAAGUUCAGUUCAAUUUGAUGGUGACCAUUUGUGGACUGCAGUCUUCAAGUCAUUCCACAGUCCUUUUCAGUGGGGUUUAAGUCUGGGCUCUGACUAGGCCAUGCAAGGACAUUUACAUUUUUCUCCUUCAACCACUGUGUGGUUAGUUUUUGAUGUGUGCUUUGAGUCAUUGUCAUGUUGGAAGGUAAACCUUCUUCUCACUGACAACUUUCUGGCAGAGGGCAGCAGAUUUUCCUCAUCCUAUUUGCCCUAUCCAUUUUUCCUUCUAUCCUGACACGUGCUCCAGCCCCUUGCCUGCAUAGAAACACCUCCAUAACAGGAUAUUACCACCUAUGUUUUACUGUAGGAAUGGCAUUAUUUGGAUGGUGAGCUAUAUUGGAUUUCUGCCAGACAUAUCGUUUGGUGUUGAGGCCAAAUAAUUCAAUUUUAGUCUCAUCUGACCAUCACACCUUUUUUCCUGUGGCCUCAGAAUCUUCAAGUCGUGACUGCAUGUGGCCUUUCCUUGAGGAGUGGCUUUUUUCUUGCAACCUUCCACAUACAAACACAUUUAUGGAGAAUUUGUGAUAUUUUUGUCACAUGCACACAAUGACCACUCUGUCAUAAAUUCCUGCAACUGCUUCAGAGUUGCUGUAGGCCUCUUGGUAGCCUCUUUGACCAGUUUCCUCCUGGCUCUUUCAUCCAAGUUUGGAGCAACGUCCUGAUUCAGGGAGGGUCUGUGUUAUACCAAAUACCAUUCCACUUCUCAAUAAUAGACUUCACUGUGCUUCUAGGCAUUGAUAAAGCCUUUGAAAUGUUUAGUUUUUUAAAAGGGUGCUCAAUUCACAAAAAUAUAUGACUUGUGCUUGACAAUUAUUUAAUUGAAGAUGAAGCUUUUAUUUUUUAGAUUUUUCUUAAAACUUUUGACACAAUCAAACACAAUUUUGUGUUUCGUGCUUUAGAAUGAUUUGGAUUAGGAGAAAACUUGAUUAAUCUAGUCAAAUUAAUUGUAUAUGGACAGCUAGUUCUAUUAGCACAGGGUACAUCUCCAAGAUUUUCAAUUGAUAAAGGAAUCAAACAAGGUUGCCCCAUCUCUCUUUAUUGCUCUCCGUUCUUAUAUAUA